AUGACGAUCGGCGGAUUUUGUAGUCUGGUUCUCACGCAUGAUCCGGCGUGCUCGUUGUCGACGACGGCGAAUCCCGAAAUUGUGAAAAUGACGUGUAGUUCUGGUCAAGCUUCUGGAAAAUGCAUCGCUUCGACGGUGGCGAUUCUCGCCGGUGGAGCGCUUAUUGGAUACAUCAUUGGCUACAAAGUCGCUCAGCGUAAAGCUCGAAUCAACAAUAUCAUUCAAUUGGAUUCGGCGAAGGUCGCUGACAGCGUCGACAUUGAGGACAUCGGCGAGAAAAAGGCGUUCUGCCGUUGCUGGAAGAGCAAGAAGUUCCCGUACUGCGACGGAAGCCAUGGCGCUCACAACAAGGAAACCGGCGACAACGUUGGUCCAGUCAUUGUCAAAAAAUCAGAGAAAUAA